GGGUGCUCACUUGGUGCACUCGUUCUGGCUCCCAGACCGUUGGUGGCGGCGGCGGCGCUCUCUCACAGACGGAACGCGGGAGCUCUCUGGGAAGGCGUUGGGCUAUUCUCCCGACAGGCGACAAGUAGGCAGACCGUCUGAGGGCCCAUAAGACCGGCUGAGGUGGGAAGGAGAGGGCCGGCGAUUGGGCCGUCGGGUUUACCCCGUGUGACCGCUGCUCGCCAGCCUCGGCGACCUGCCGCCCAGCCGCCGGGAUGGAUCGGCCCUCGCCCAGGACGCCGAUCUUCACAACAAUCGAGGGCUGGGAGCUGAAGGCCGCCGAGCGCGAGGCCUGCCGCCUGACCCUGGUCCGAAGGGGCGUACAGUCUGAGUUAAUAAUCCAGUAUUAUGAAAAGGAGAUGCCCACACAAGAUGUCAUUCCUAUUAAUAGCCACUUUAAAUGUAUACAAGAAGCAGCAGAAACUCUACUGAUUGACAUAGCGGCCAACACUCCCUGCAAAAUUCGGAUCCAAGGUGACUGUAUCGGAGAGCGCCUCUUUGAAAUCCCUGACGAGGACCAGUGCUUGGCUUUUCUUACAGAUAUCCUUGCUGCUCAGGAUGCUCAUAAAACAGCUUCAGUUCCUGAGUUCAGGGAGUCAACCAGCUGGUACCAGAAAUUAGAUGUUUCGGAAAAAACUCCCAGUGAAACUGAUGUUUCAGGCGUGCUUGGAUUUGAAGAUAAUUUUACUGAAAUGAGCUUGGAGAAGAAAAGAAAUAUUCACAAUAAGCAGAUGAGGACUCGUCGGGAGCCCCCACCACCACCCAGCCAAACAAGCAAAUCGUUUUUACGUGAGAAGGAGGGUGGAGGCAGAGACCAGCCUAAAGUGAGCAGUACCAUGCGUAAGCUCUUUGUGCCCACCUCUCAGUCUGGACAGCGAGAGGGGCUCAUCAGACACAUUCUGGCAAAGCGAGAGAAAGAAUAUGUGAAUCUUCAAACAUUCAGGUUUUUUAUUGGAACAUGGAAUGUGAAUGGUCAGUCUCCAGACAGCGCUUUGGAACCCUGGCUCAAUUGUGAUACGGAUCCUCCAGAUAUUUACUGCCUUGGGUUUCAAGAACUGGAUUUAAGCACAGAAGCUUUCUUCUACUUUGAGUCCACAAAGGAGCAGGAAUGGCUAACAUCUGUGGACAGAGCCUUACACUAUAAAUGCAAGUAUAAGAAAGUUCAGUUGGUUCGCCUGGUUGGGAUGAUGCUCCUUAUAUUUGCCAAGAAGGAUCAAUGUAAAUACCUCCAUGAUGUUGUGACUGAAACUGUGGGAACAGGACUCAUGGGGAAAAUGGGUAACAAAGGUGCUGUUGCUGUGCGGUUUUUAUUCCACAACACUACAUUUUGCAUUGUCAAUUCCCAUCUGGCUGCCCACGUGGAAGACUUUGAACGUCGAAAUCAGGAUUAUAAAGACAUCUGUUCCCGAAUGACUUUCUCGGUCCCAAAUCAGGGCCAUCUAAACAUCAUGAAGCACGAUGUUGUUAUCUGGUUGGGAGAUUUGAACUAUAGACUCUGCAUGCCUGAUGCCAAUGAGGUGAAAACUCUUAUUAACAGGAAUGAACUUCCCAAGCUCUUGAAGCUGGACCAGCUGAACAUUCAACGUUCUCACAAGAAAGCAUUUGCUGACUUCACAGAAGGCGAAAUUCGCUUCAUGCCUACCUACAAGUUUGACCCGAAAACAGACAGAUGGGAUUCCAGUGGGAAAUGUCGCACUCCAGCAUGGUGUGAUCGAAUCCUUUGGAGAGGGACUAAUGUUAAUCAGCAACGCUACUGGAGUCAUAUGGAACUCAAAACCAGUGACCACAAACCUGUCAGUUCUCUCUUCCUCAUUGGGGUGAAGGUUGUGGAUGACCGAAGAUACCGGAAGGUAUUUGAGGACAGUGUUCGUAUCAUGGACAGAAUGGAAAAUGAUUUCCUUCCUUCAUUAGAACUCAGCAAGAGGGAAUUUGUAUUUGAGAAGGUGAAAUUCCGUCAGCUCCAGAAACAGAAAUUCCAGGUCACCAACAAUGGCCAAGUGCCCUGUCAUUUUUCCUUCAUCCCGAAGCUCAGCGACAGCCAGUACUGCAAGCCCUGGCUUCGGGCUGAGCCCUGUGAGGGCUACUUGGAACCAAAUGAGAUGGUCGACAUUUCCUUGGAUGUCUAUGUCAGUAAGGACUCAGUGACGCUCCUGAAUUCAGGGGAAGAUAAGAUCGAAGAUAUUCUUGUCCUUCACUUGGACCGAGGCAAAGAUUACUUCCUGACCAUCAGUGGGAGUUACCUCCCGAGCUGCUUUGGCACCUCAUUAGAAGCUUUGUGCCGAAUGAAAAGACCCAUUAGAGAAGUUCCCGUCACCAAGCUCAUUGACCUGGGAGAAGACAGCUUCGUAGAAAAGGAGAGUCCUCUUCUGCCUUUGGCUCCUGUGGAGGGGAAUGCCAGCGAGAGACCCCUUCAAAUUCCCAAAGAAAUCUGGCUUUUGGUGGAUCACUUAUAUAAGAAUGGCUGUCAACAGGAGGACCUAUUCCAGACCCCUGGAAUGCAAGAAGAGUUACAGCAGAUCAUCGAUUGUCUGGAUACCAGCAUCCCGGAGACAAUCCCUGGCAGCAAUCACUCUGUGGCCGAAGCACUCCUCAUCUUCCUGGAGGCCCUUCCAGAACCUGUGAUCUGUUAUGAGCUGUAUCAGAGAUGCCUUGACUAUUCACAUGACCCCUGCCUCGCCCGACAGGUGGUUUCACAUCUCCCAAGGUGCCACAGAAGCGUUUUCCGGUAUCUGAUGUCUUUUCUCCGGGAGCUCUUAAAGCACUCUAAAGCAAACAACGUCAAUGUCAACAUGAUUGCCAACCUCUUCUCUGGUCUUCUGCUACGUCCUUCACCUAAUCUGAUGUCAAGACAGACUGCCAACGAUCGUCAACAUGCUAUCCAGUUUCUCUUGGGGUUCCUGCUUAGCGGUGACGAAGACUAAUUCUCUUCACCUUGCAUCCUCCACCCCCUUCCCGAGGUUCUAGCAUGGAGGAUCACUAGCUUUGAGUAAUAAGACUUAGUUGAAGGAGUUUUUGCCACCAGGAGAGUUCCAUGGCUUUUAGCUGCUGGCUAUUGAAAAAUCGACAGUUUACAGUACUUGGGGGAGUCUUCUAAUAACUCCUCCACCCUACAGAACACAAAUUACUGGUCCUGAUUCAUUAGAGAAUUUUAGACUCAACAUGUUGCCAAGCCAAAGUCUCCACAUUUUGGUAGUUAUGUGCUUUAUCUUUAUGGAGCAAAGAGAUCUGUAUUAAUACUCCAGUGUUCUCCCAAUCUGUGUGUUGCCCAGCUCUGACUGUCCUGUCUGUACUUAGCACCCUAGACUUGGGGUCUGAGAUGUGAACAUUCUAAGCUGAUAUGCACUAUUGCUUGAGAUGAGAUUUGUAUCUGUCCGUCAUUCAUCUUAAGCAUAUUUGGUUCUUUUCCCUGCCCCAUUCCCAUCCCCUGAUCCCAUCUCCCCAUCUCCACCCCUUGCUCCAAUCCUUGGCCUCUGCCCCAUCCCUACCCCUGUCCCGUCCCCAUCCCUGCCCCAUCCCAAACCCCUCAACCAGUAGCAUCACUUUGGAGAAGAUCUGGCUGGAUAAGGCUCCUGGGGUGACUUACUUGUUUCACUGCCAGCAUGUGACCAUCACGUGCCUUUGUGCACUUUUACUACAGUGGCAUUUUUGUGUCUCUUGCUAUCUAUCCAGAAGUCUGUUCAUGUGCCUCCAGUGGCUAGGGCCAUCUUCCCUUCUCUCAAACCAUAUCCAGCAACUGAACCAUAGUGACUACUAGAAAAUAGUUCUCAUGUCCUGUUUGACGCAGAGGCCUACAACCAAAAUGAAUGCAACCUGGGUGCCGGGAGGGUUAAGGUAUUUGUAUAUAUGUCUUGUGAGUCCUGUCUGGGAGCAAGGGUAUUGUUCUGUUUUUCUCUCCUUCACAUAUGAGGAAUCACUGGCUCUGGGUGUCCUUGGAACUUACUCCCCCUCUUAGAACCUCAUCUUUCUUCCCAAGCAGCACUUAUACACCAUAGGAAGUAUUGGGGCUAACUCCAGCUGUCUUCACUGGAGAUAACCUUGAAAUCCUCAAGAGCCUUGACAUUCAUCCUUGGUACCAAAGGGCAAUCAGAAUCCUCCUGCUCACAAAGAAAUCUGCUCCUUCAAGGGUUUGUGACUGGUGUAGACAGAUUAUUGGGUUCUUCCAGUGUAGCACACAACCACCUUUUCACGUACUAGGUCAAAGAGGUGACAGUUUACCAAAAUGACAUUGGGGCCAACAAAGCACCUUAUUUCCUUGCCUUUAAGAUCUCUCUGCAUUGUUCGUUAAAAAUGGACCAGCGGGUUUUUUUGGCUUAACCUUUAUUAGUAAGUUGGUUGCCAACCAUUAAUCGAAUUGCCUGAUGUGAACCACCCCUCCCCCUUGAGAGCCACAAUAGGAAAUGACUCAUUCUUGCCUUUUCUUGAAAUUGAAAUUAGAGGUGCUUAACUUGUACAGUCCUUUUAUUACUCAGGUGCUAUAGGCACUUGUUCCUUUAGCACUCCAGAUGGAGGGAUAUUAGAAGCCAUGCCACUGAAUGGCUCUUUGAUCUCUUGAGAAUUAUUUUCAUGACAUGGAAGAAACAUCAGUCUACCUGACUGAGAAAGCCAAUCUGAUUCAGCCCAUUCUUUGGAAAUAAGAAUGAAGUUAUCAGUGCCAAACAGUUUGAAAGAUCUGUUAGCCCUCAGAUAAUUUUUUGUUUCAGUUGGCUAAUGGAAGACUGAAAUCAUAUGGUCUUGCCCAUUUCCAUUGGUCCAGAAAGUUGAGGAGGUUAUAGGAAUUAGGACAUAUAGGGACAAAGGGCAGGAAAGAAUCUUUCCCAGACCAGCUUUCUGCUAUGUUGUCAACCAGGAAUCUCAAGAGUCAACAAGGAAGUGUGGCUACUGGCUAUUUGUGGGUAGCAAGUGUGUAGCCACCAAACCUACUUUAUUUCAAGAUCUAAGUACCAAGUGGUUUCUCUGCCUCAAUCUGUUCUGUAGCUCUGGCCAUGAGAUGUUAUCAGAGCUGAAGGUUUUGGACAAUCCAUAGGUAGAUAGGGGGUUUAGGGGAGGGGAGAAGCAAGAGGUGAAAAGUCACUUCCCUCUGGCCUGCUUGGUCCAGGCUUCCAGCCUCCACUUCCUAAGUAUCUCCCACUUCCUCAGUACCUCGUUUGUUCAUCCAUUAUUGCCUCCUCCAAAGGUGGAUGCCACAUCCUGCUGGUGGGGAGAAACUUUGCAUUUACUGUUAUUGUUGUUGUUUGUUGUUGUUGUUGUUGAAAAGGGUUCUAGCCCUUGGGGCUUUGUUGUUUUCUCUUACUGUUUUUCAUUGUUUUGACUCUUCCUCCAAAAUAAGUUGUUGUCUUGUUUUUCCCCAAGGGGUCUUAGCUGCUAGUGGGUCCCCUUUAUCUUGUUGGUAUCUUUUUUAUUAUUAUAAUUUAUUGGAAAACUUCAUUCCCUUGAAUAAAUCUGUGUUGUACAACAUUGAAAAA